AUGACGGUUCUUUUCAAAGUAUCUUGAGCAGCUCUCAUAUCCAUGUGCUUGAAAAUGGAUCUCUCACUAUCACCGUUGCCCAGAAAUCAGACGCAGGUUAUUACAUGUGUGAAACAAGCAAUGAUGUCGGGGAACCUCUGCGGUAUUCAGUGCGAUUAGCUGUCCAUUCUGCUCCCCAGAUUCAGACUUCGACCCAGGUGGUGCACGUAAGGAAGUCCGAAGAAGCUCGGUUCUCCUGCUCUGCUUCUGGGGAUCCUCCUUUGAACAUCGUCUGGAGCAGGGAGGGAUUUCCUCUCAGUCUCUAUCCAGAGAACAGAUACAUUACUCGGGAAAGUGAAGGCAGAGGCACCAAAAUAUCGGAAGUUAUUAUAAAAUCUACUCUACGUAAAGAUUCUGAUACCUUUACAUGCUCUGCUUCGAAUCCCUUCGGAGAGGACAAAACAACAGUCAGACUAAUUGUACAAGAGCCUCCUGAUCCACCUCAGGACUUAAAACCAUUAGAAGUGACAAGCAACUCUAUAAGCCUUUCUUGGAAUCCUGGCCAUCCCGGAAAUAAUCCGAUUACAUCUUACAUCAUCAGCUACAGACCAGACACAGAAAAGUGGCCGGAUGAAAGGACGAAACGAGUGGUAGUUUCGAGUGCUGAUACGAGUGCAACAAUAGCCGGGUUACGCCCAGUUACUACGUAUCAUAUCUACGUGAAUGCGAAGAAUGCUAUUGGACAAAGUUUGCCAAGUGCUGAUUUAACUGUGAUGACUCAUGCAGAAGCCCCUAGAAGUCCUCCUCGCCAUGUUAAGGCUGAAGCAUUGGAUUCUUCUUCUAUAAGAAUUUCGUGGCAGCAGCAACCAUCGUUCAUGGAGCAAGCGAGUUACGUAGAUGGCUAUUACGUGGGUUACCGAGAGCUUCCUGGUGGAGGUCCCUAUGUAUACAAGACAGUCAAUAUAAAACCAGGACAAACAGAGGCCAAUUACACUCUAGUGGGAUUGAAACGCGGUACUCAGUAUAGUAUCGUUGUACAAGCAUUCAAUAGUCAAGGUGCUAGUCCUCAGUCUGAGGAAGUCACUAUUAAAACGUCCACAAUAGAUCCACCAUCAGCACCACUUUUAAAGGUUAUUGAUACUUCAGCUACGUCGAUUAAUCUUCACUGGGAAGCAACAGCUACAGCAGAAAGACCUAUAACAGAAUUUAUCCUCACAUAUAAAGGGAGUUCAGGCCAGUGGCAUGAAAUCAAACUUCCUGCUUCGAGGCAAAGUUUCACUUUGGAAAAUCUGCAAUGUGGCACGUCCUACCAGAUUGUCUUGAGAGGGAGUAACAAUGUUGGGCGUGGCGAACCUAGCGAAAUGCUACAGGUCACCACAAAUGGUAGAGCACCAGUUGCACCCGAAAAAUCUGAGUUUAUCCGAAGUAAUACUACUUCUGUACAACUGAAUUUACGUAACUGGAUGGACGAUGGCUGUCCCAUAUCUCAUUUGGUCAUACAGUAUAAACCUCAGGGUCAGAAAGAAUGGAUACUCGUCUCUAACCAUAUCCUUACAGAUCAAGAGGUACUGCUGAUCGCAGAUCUGAGUCCAGGAACUUGGCAUGAUCUUCUCGUGACAGCUCACAGUGACGCAGGAACAACAGAUGCAGAGUACAGAUUUGCCACUCUUACUUUAACCGGAGCAACUGUGCCUCCCCUGAAUGUGAUGAGGACUCCUCAUUUUUUUGAAGAUCCGACUAUUCUUGUUCCCAUCGUAUGUGCCGUCGUGGUUCUCAUCGUUAUUAUCAGCGUUACAGCAUUUGUCGUUGUAUGGAAGCGGAGAGACCCAGCAGGGGAAGCGCCGUCCGACAUUUAUUCCCGCGGUUCCGGAGGUCGAGCUGACGAUAUUUCCAUGAGUUCCUACGGUAAGGCAAAGGGUAAUUCUGUGUACGAUUCCCAAAGGGAGCCACUGUAUUAUCCUCUGCCUUACGCCACCACCCACAUUCCCAACCAUGUGCCAGAUCCCACGUCCGAGUCGCCGGAGCAGAGCCUGCAGCGGACCCGGGGUGGAGGUCGCAUGACUGAGCACACCUAUGACGUCCCGCAGCGACUUCAGCAUCAUCACAACGUGCCUCUACAGCAGUACUCCCGACUUUGGGCUAACUCCAGAGGAUUUUGUGAAAAGCCCUCUCCCAUGGGAUCCAGAGCUCCAGGGGAGAUAGAAGAUUUUGAUGUAGCAAUAGCAAUGGCGGAAAAGUAUGCUGCUGCUGCUUUUAGGCUUUCACAAACAAGGGCCCAUGAGGCCAUCCUGAUGGAGUCAUCGGGUUGGAGUUUGAUAGUUACACAAGUGGCCCCCAAACAUGGCGUUCCCAGCUGGUUAUAUAAUAAUGAUCCUGAAGAUCUACCAGGAUUUCAGGAGGAGAUCUGUCAUACUGUAGAAGAAGAUUAUGAUGAUCAAUCCCUGGACCAAGAAGAACUGUCUGAGACUGAAUGCGAUAGAGAAAUCAUCGGAAUGACAAGACAGCGAAAAUAUAUCAGUGGCAGCUACAACCGAGUGGGUGCAGUAAUUGUAUGCUGAGACACUUGUGAACUAUGAGAUGGAACUGAAAAUGCGGAUAUGUUUAUUGCAUUUUGUUUCAUGUAUGGUUAUAUAAAGGCGUUCCACUGCUAUUGCUACAUUAGUAAAUAAAUGAAUGCGUUUAUUGAUGUCUGUAAUAUGGUAGAUAACGGUAAACGAAACGAUUUGCUGCAUGUUCAACAAAAUGUUAAAGUUUUAGCUUAGUUUUAAGAUACUAAAUUGAAUGAACUCUCGUAACAUCUUUCGUUACAAACUAAUUAUUUUCAACUUAAUAAUACAUUUCUUGAGAAGAAAUUUUUAUUAAAAAUUUGGUUCAGUCACAUUUUACGAAAUAUAGAUUUAUAAACUUGAUCGACUUUCAAUUUCCUCAUCUAAAAUCCAGUGGUCGUUAUGGUAAUCCAUACAAAAGUAACACUUUGAUUUAACAGUUUAUAAUUAUUACAUUUCAGAUACAAUAUAUUUAUUUGUAAUUGCUUAAAAUACAUGUUAUAAAAAGUAAUUCUAAAUUACAUUCUCUGCUUCAUUAAUUUUGCAGUAACCAUGACAUCAUUCGGGAACAAAAUCUAAAGCAAGAUUAAAUUUUAAUUCAAUUUUUAAUCUAAUGUAAUAGGUAAAAUAUGAAGGAAUAUUAAAAGCAAGGGUUUUGAACAUAUUUGGCAAUUUAAUUUAUAUAAUAUUAUUAGGUAUAAAAAAUUUUUAAAACAAUUUAAAAUCUGAAUUGAUAUACAAGCAUAAAUUAAUUUAAUUUCUUCUAAAUAAAAUUUAAAGUACAGUGAGGAAAAAAGUACAUGUGACAGUUCCAUAUCUCCCAUUCUACUGGGCCAAUUGACGAAAUUCAAUUUGCGUCUUCCAUGUCUCGUGACUUGGGAUACAUAUUAGAUUUAUAUAUACAACUGUUCUAAUACAAGCAUUUUGACACAAAAUCGGACUUUUUCUGAAAUGACACUGCAAUUUUUUCCAUACUUUGACUCUACGACUGAAAUUAUGCAAAUUUGCCAAGUUUUGUAAAAAUUUUAAGAGUAGUUUUUAAAAAAUUAACUUUCCAAAUUUUAACUCCUCAAUGUUAACAGAAUUUGGUAUAUGUUUUUUAAUAUCCCUUUUUUAAUUGAACUUACUUUAUUCUUCGUUUCUCACUUCGAAAUUUAGGUUCAUUUCAAAUAAAAUUCUCCAUUUUUAGUCCAAAGGGGCUUUGUCCCUGAAGGAUAUGUUUCGUUUUCAUUUUGCGUCGGACUAUAAACGU